AUGCCGCCUCCUCAUUAUGACUUCUUGAUCAAGCUCCUCCUCAUUGGCGACUCAGGUGUCGGCAAGUCUUGUCUGCUUCUGCGGUUCUGCGACGAUGCAUGGACGCCCUCCUUCAUCACCACCAUUGGCAUCGACUUCAAGAUUCGGACAAUUGAGCUCGACGGGAAGCGCAUCAAGCUCCAAAUUUGGGAUACUGCUGGCCAGGAACGUUUCCGCACCAUCACCACGGCCUACUAUCGCGGCGCUAUGGGUAUCCUCCUCGUGUACGACGUCACGGACGAGCGGUCAUUCAACAACAUCCGUACAUGGCACGCGAACAUCGAGCAGCAUGCGUCUGAGGGUGUAAACAAGAUCCUCAUCGGCAACAAGUCCGACUGGUCCGAGAAGCGUGCCGUUACGGAGGAGCAGGGCCGCGAGCUCGCCAAUGAGCUCGGCAUCAAGUUCAUGGAGACGUCCGCGAAGAUCAACGAGGGUGUUGAGGAGGCAUUCUUCACUCUCGCAAGAGACAUCAAGACCCGCCUCAUCGACUCGCAAGCAGACAAUGCUGGUGCAGCCCCUGGCCAACCCGGCGCAGACUCUGUCAAGGUGAACCAGCCCGCCUCCCAGGCCGCGGGCGGGUGCUGUUAG